AUGAGCAAGCGAGCGGCGCGACGAUGGGGCUGGGCUGCGAACUAUGGCAUCCGAUUGAAGGCAAGCCCAUCCAAAGCAGAACCACCUUAUCUCGACGACCGUGAAUGCAGCGCCCAACUGUGA